AUGGAUUCUCCAUGCAACGAGUGCAUCAAGGGCACCAUCCACAAGGGCCAGCCCCAGGGCAAAGAAGAAACCAUUCACGGCCUGAAUACCUACGUAAUAGGCAACCGCAUCAAUCCACGGGGCAUCAUAGUCAUCUACUCCGACAUCUUCGGUCUACCACUGCUCAACAACAGACUCAUCGCCGACGCCUACGCCAAAAGCGGCGAAUGGCUAGUCUACCUCCCGGACUUCUUCGAGGACGAUCCUGUGCCGCUCAAGGGCGCCGACGUUCUGCUUCCAGUUGAUCCGACCAAGCAGUCGACAUUCGCCAAGUACACGGGCAUGCUGGCUAUGGUGCCGUCGUUUAUGAUGUGGAUGACCAGACACAGGGAAGCACAUACGAACAAAGUCUGUAUGGACUUCUUGCGGUCCUUGAGAUGUGCGACUCCGAGGAUGCGGAAGAUCGGGAUGGUUGGAUUCUGCUGGGGUGGGAAGUAUGCGCUUCGAGCCGGGUUGGGGAGCAACAUGGUUGAGAUUGAUGAUGGUAGCAAGGUGCCACUGGUGGAUGCGGUGGUGGCUUUGCAUCCGAGCCAUGUGGCCGUUCCGGAUGAUGUUGAAGAUUUAGUUGUGCCUGUUAGCUAUGGCUGGGGGCUGGAGGAUGUGGGCGUGAGGAUUGAGCAAAAGGGCAAAGUGGAGGAGGUUCAUGCGAAAAUCAGGGAAGCUGGGAGGGAGUUGCCGGAGAUGCAGCACAAGAUCUAUAAGCCUGGACGCCAUGGCUUUGCUGUGAGAGGCAAUCCGGAUGACCCCCAGGAGAGGGCAUGUCUGGAGGAUUCGAUGAAGCAGGCUUUGAACUGGUUCGAGCGGUGGCUUUGA